AUGUCUGUUCUACUUGUCUCUCGCCCCAGCACCACACCCCAACCAACCGACCCUUCAAGAUCUCCCACAGGCCUUUUUCAAAUGAGUGGUCUGUCGGCAUUGAUCAAAUCUCCCUUGUCCAAAAAGCACCAAGAUCCGAAAACCUCUCUCGUCUCGCUCAGCUAUCAGAUCGACACGCCUCCCACAGUUAUUCUCAACGAUCCUGAGAACCGCAAUAGUUCUCUCAUCAAAGGGAGGUUGGUCCUCGACGCACAUCAUAUCGUUGAGGUAGAGAGGCUCCACGCAAGCCUGCGCCUCUGUAUCAUCCAGAAGAAACCCUUCAAGAGAGGGUGCAGGCACUGCAAGAACCAAAUAACCGAAUUGAAGCACUGUUCCUUCAUCACGCCAACCGCCACUCUCCAGCGCGGAAAGUACGAGUAUCCCUUCUCUUAUCGAGUCCCCGACGACCUGCCGCCUUCUUUGGACACGUGUAUUGCAUCUGUCUCAUACGAGUUUGAAGCAGAGGCCUGUGUUCGACGAAAGGGCCAAUUGAGCGGAGACCCCAGGAUUGUGACACUUAAACGCAGUCUCGAUGUGGCACGCUCGCUAUUGGUCCCUAAUUCAACACUGUACUCGAGGCGUAUCUUUCAGGCAGCUGGGAUAGAGAUUGGUUGUCAUUUCGGCUCCAUCAUCGACCCCAAUGGCACCCACAAUGUGCGCCUGACAAUGGACGGCCUCACGAGUUAUCCUGGAAAUGGAGAAAAUGUUCAGAUCUGGAGACUGUGGAAGGGCGCUUGGAGGUUGGAGGAAACCGUCAGAACGAUUGCAUUAGCCUGCGAUCGCCACGCAAAUGAGAUCGAGGGGUCCGAGGAUGACAAGGUUCAUAAGCGCAGCAAAGUGACCGUCUUGGGAGAAGAUGGUAUCUACAGCGGGUGGAACUCAGACGACAUUCUUGGGACUCUUGACAUGGAGUUUGCCUUUUCCUUGAAAAAGACCAAAGGCCGUGCUAUCAACUACGCACACGAUACAGGCCACGGAGACGAGGUAGAAGUAACUCACGCGCUGGUUGUCGAGCUGAUGCUCGUCAAGGAGUAUUUCCCCAAGGGAAGACCCGACCUAUCCAUACGAACAGGCGUGGCGAGGAUACUGCGUUCUCAGCACCGAGUCGUUUUAAGCGACUUUGCGAGGGUAUCGAAUGUUCCGGUGGACGAGUGUUUACCGUUCUACCAAGAGCUGUACCCUAGUCCCCCGAUAUACGAAGAUGAUGGCUCCAUGGAAGAGACCACGAUGCAACCUUAG